AUGCUCUACACUGCUACUGCUGCUCUUGCCCUCGCAGCCACCGCCGCUGCCGCCCCCAGCGGCGAGAUCCAGAAGCGCGCCUCGGGCAGCAACCAGAACAUCUCCAUCUACCGCUACGGCGACGCGACGCAGUGCCACCACAUCCUGCGCGACUCGGGUGCCUGCGGCAUUAGCACCUACUUCAAGAACGUCAACCAGGAGGCCUCCUUCGUCGCCAUGCCCGCCACCAUCUUCGACAAGUACGGCUCCGCCCAGCACAACAAGCUCUGCGGCAAGACCGUCACCAUCAAGCACAACGGCGUCACCAAGACCGCCAUCGUCGCCGACCGCAACCUCAGCAACGACCACUCCAUAGAUAGCUGCCUCGACAUCUGGAAGGCCUUUGGCGGCCACGACAACGACGGUACGCUCAUCCGCGGCGCCACCUGGAGCGUCAACGGCGUCUAA